AUAUGAGUUUAUUAGAAGGACUGAUCGAAACCCUGGGAUCUCUCUUCACUGAUUCUCCUUCUACUUCUUCAAUUGAGUCCCGGGAAAACCCUAGCAAUCGAGCGAUGGACACAGAAGAGAUCGCCAAGGCCGUUAGGGCCGAAGAGUGGGGUUUGGUGGAUGAUGCUGUUUUGCAUUACCAGAAGGCCUAG